AUGAGCGAUCACGGCUGGUGUCCAGUACCUGCUAUGGUCGAAUACCAGUGCUGGCCCCAUGCCGCUGCUUUUCUACAAUCGAAGGGGUUUGCGCUUCAUCCAAAGUACACAGGAGUGAUUUCGCUACCCGGUGACUCUAUAAGAUGCAAGUCACCCGCCGAGCGCGCCUGCCUCCAUGUUGAUUCUGCCGGCGGGCUCUCUCAAUUCUCAGAUCAUCAUCCUAACCUUUCCCCUACGCUUCACCAUACUGGCCAAUAUUGGUCUUUCCACCAAAAGAUGUCAAUCCAACCGUGGCCAGCCGCGAUUGAGAGCGAGAAUGUGGCCACGAACAUAUUGAAGAAUACAUUUCAACUCGGUGGCUAUCCCAUCCCAGCCUUCGUGGGUUGGAGAGAACAGACCCUUUGGAAGAAGCUGAAAACCACUCGGAAUACCCUCAGCAACAGCGAAAGAGCUACCCUCUAUACGGUCUGGCUCUGGCAACAGCCUGCUUAUGGCCGUGAAUGUUCGUCCCCUCAAAGUUCCGCUGAAAAGUACUGCCUGUAUCUUGAGAAAUGCGGUUGCACAUGGGAGAAGAUUGAGCGCAUCUGGACGGAGUGCAGAGACGCAGCCGACGAGGGCACUUCCACAUCCCAGAAAGGGAGAGUCAUGAAGUUCAUGGAGGACAUUGCCUACGGUAUUCGCUCUCACUACGACAAGAAGCCCAGCAUGCCUGCUCGAAAUACAAAGGAGAAGAAGGGCACCGCCAAGCAGGUGUCGGGUACCGUGAAGAAAGAGAAUACGGCACCGUCAGCAAAUCCGAACCUCGAGCCGCUCGGCAAGCCCAAGCCCAAGAUUUCCCUCGAGCCUCUCACAGAAACGACGAACUCACAGACUGUAGCUUUUUCCGGCCAAGCGUCGCCAGCAGGCCAGGUAGCGGUAACGGCUGCGGCUGGUCUUUCCAGAACUGAGAGGAUCAAAAGCAAGCUGUUAGCCGUGGUGGCCUCGAUGCCUCGCAAGAACGUAUCUUCGACUCCGACGCAGAUUGCCAAGCUGCCCUUUGAUCUCGGAUCAUCUGAUGUCCCAGAAGCCUUGGCUGAGAUUUCCAAAAAACCUCCCGCCAUUAGGGUGAAUUGGAUAGAACAGACAGAAGGGCGUCUGACAGCCCCAUCAACUACCUCGCACGAUGUCGGACCAGUGAAUAACCUGUGCCAGUGUAAUGGCAGCCGCAUGGCAAGUGGCCAUGUAGCUAGCUGCCCUGAGGGACAACCAAGGGAUCCGGUUCAGGGCACAGAGGCUUUUACUGCCACAUGGGGUGAAGGUCAUGUUACCCAUGGACCACUCUCCAUUGAGCUCGACGACCACGGCAGUAUGGACAAGGGUUUCUACACUGAACGCGUUCCGAACUCGGCUCAGUGCGCUCGACAGAAACUAUCUUGCCUCAAAGAAGCCGCAGGCCAGUGGGGCAAUGAUUCAUCUCGCGCAGAUGAUGCGUUUAGCACGUAUCACGGGGAGCCUCGAUCGGGAGCUGGACGUCCUGCUGGGUUGCCCCUGGAGCAGCCGGACGCUUGGACUGCCCGUCCGGCCACAAAGGCAGCCGUCGUUGCAUAGGGUCCAACGACGGUUAUCGGUCAUGCUCGCAAGAGAUCUGACGACGAGGCCUAUCUGGGGUCGGAAAUCAAGAAACGGAGGGUUCUUAGCUAUCCAGUCUACAAUGGUUCGCCAAGGCCGUCGGAGGCAAGGACUGAGAUAGCUGAAGUCCAGAAUAUCAGAGCCUCCAGUGCUCAAGCAAGCAUGGACAGUAGCGGUGGUUUUGGUUCUAUCAACCUAACGGCAUUC